UCAAAUCACGACGUGAGUCGUGAAUAGACUGAAGUGGUCUGAAGUGUUUGCAAGUAUUUUUUGCAAUGUUUUGAGCCUUCGUCAUGCUUCAACGACCACGAUAUGUAAAGGUCUUACCUGUUUUAGGCAAUGUUUGUUCAUCACACCGACGUGCUUAAAGGGAUAAAGUCGUUUGCAGAUUAGUUGACACGCAAGGCGACAUUGAUGCCUCCUCAAGACUGGCAAGGAGAUGGAAAUGACGGAUGUUGCUGAAGAUCUAGGGCCCCCUGAACUACAGGGUACUUUGUGGACAUGCAACACUCCACAGUCCUCUGUUACCAUUAGCCAGCAUACAGUCACAUCCCUAGCCUUUGGGACUCACCACUGUUUAUUUCUUACUAAGCGAGGCCAAGUCUACUCAUUUGGAAAGAAUACUUUUGGUCAGCUAGGGUCUGGUGAUACUACAGAUCACUCUCAUGUUCCCUUUUAUGUUUCUGCUAUUCCCUCUGAAGUGAGCUCUGUGGCUUGUGGUCCGCAUCACAGUGCAGCACUUACUACGGAUGGUCAUGUGUACAUGUGGGGAAAAAAUGACUUUGGGCAAUGUGGACAAUGCGAAGAUGUACUAUACAGUCCGAAACUUGUUCACAUUCAAGAAGCCUGUGGAAACUGCCAAGAGUGUGGCACCAUGGUUUACAAGCCAGUUUUUGUGACAGCUAUUUCAUGUGGUCCAACUCAUUCCCUUGCUGUUACUAACAAACAUGAUAUCUUUUCUUGGGGCUCUGGUUCCCAGCUGGGAUUAGGGUCUGCGGAACGAACCCUUCCCCAGAGAAUUGAGUUUCUUCGUGGCCACGAAGUUAUAUCCAUUGCAUCUGGAGAGACUCAUACCCUUGCUGUUACUGCAAGAACUCCGUAUCUUGAUGUUGAUGAUCCAACUGUGAUUUGUGAUGCAUGUGCAGCAAAUGGGAUUGUAUGCCCUCUUGGACUUCCAUGCUUGAGCCCAGGAUCACCCAGUUCAACUACAGCAAACUUUGAAAGAGUCACAGAAGUCAAACCAGCUGACUUUAAGCAGGGCCAAAACUCUCAAGUACAUACUGCAGGCCCUAAUCCAACGUGCCAAACUGAUGUCAUCCUUAACCAUGAGGCCACAGCUACUAAAAAUGAUUGUAACUUGGUUGAAGACAGUACAAACCUUAGUGUCAUAGAACCCAGCAAGGCUGGAUGCAACAGCUUUGAGGACAGUGGUGGCACUGUUGCUGGAGCAGUUGCUUUGGAUGUUGAACCUAUUGUGAAUCCCAGAGAUAUGCCACCUGCAAGUGCUUCGGAAACCAAGGAAAAGUCACCACCUAGCGGUCAGAUAGAAACUGGUGAAGAUGUUCAGCUUCGCAGGCCUUAUCUUUCGGAUCGUACGCGGUCACCUUCACUUCCAGGAAAACGGACUUCUUCAAUACUUGAUGACCCUGAGCUAGCCAUGGAAUUCUUAGACAGACAGAUGGGCCAUAAACCCCGUGAUCGGCAACAGAAGUUUAUUCCAUUAGAGCUGAAUGGUGGUACAAGUGCAGCAAGUACUUCAACUACGACUUCGACAUCGGUUGUUAAAAAUGUCCUCUCAAGAAUGUCCUCAACAGUUUCUGAUCGCUUAAGUUUCAUUGCGCUAGGCCCACGCUUGAGCCACGCUUCACAUGAUGGGUCUACAGAGUCAUUUGAGUUUUUAGAGGUUGACAGGUCCUCUGGCAGCCAGCUAGAAAAUGUAGAUGCUGGGAGGAACUCGCAUGCAUUGUCAAGCUCCGAAGAAAAGGAGAGUUCAUGUACAGAAGCAAAUAAGAAGGAACCCAGGAACAUGUGCACAGAAUUCCAAGUCUGGAGCUGGGGAAAAGGCACUCAUGGGCAACUUGGGCAUGGAGAUGAAAUUGACAGGUUGCAGCCGUGUCUGAUGAAGCACCUGAAUGAAGCUGGUGUGAUUAAAGUGUGUGCUGGUCACGGCCACUCCUUAGCUCUCACAGGCCGCUGUACUGUGCUGAGUUGGGGACUUAAUGACGUUGGCCAGCUGGGUCACAGUCCUUCGUCGAAAUGUGUAUUCACGCCCAAGGUCAUCCACAUGCCAAGGAAUGAGUUGGUUUCAGAUAUAGCCGCAGGCAGAAUCCAUUCUCUGUUUCUUGUUGAUAGUGGUGGCUCCCAAGCAUCAAUGUAUGGUUGUGGCCAGCAUGAAUGUGCUGAUUCAGCGCAGUGCCUGUGUCAAAAACAGAGGAAGAUAUUCCACAUCACAGCACUGAGAAAGAGUGGCUUAGUUACAAGUGUAUUUGCUGGUGGCUGCUACUCGGGCUGCAUUGUUGACAAUAAAGAUUCGGAUCAGUGGCGAACGCUAUAUGAGUUUGCUGUUACGGAGCGUCGGUAUAUUGGACACCUGUGCAAGGUACAAGCAAAAAUUCACCAAAACCUUGUAAAAAAUGGUGACAUUGUGUCAGAUAUACCAGAGUAUGCCAGCAGCUUGCUGAAGAACAUAAUUGGCAUAACUAACAAACUGAUAUCUAUGAUGUCUCUCAAUGCCUGUGAACUAACACAGCUUCUUCAAAGCCAUACCUUUGAAAAAUUGCCCAGCAUUAUGGAAAACUCUGCAGGGUGGAUAGACGUCUUCUCUGAUUACGUAAAGGCUCUUUCCAAUUUCUUGGCUGUUGGAGGCUUUGUACCACUUUCAAGAAUGCUUGCCUUCUCCCGUAACAUGUUGACCCCUGUAGCUAAAGAAACCAUUGGAGACACUAGCUCCAAAGACUCUCAAGGAAUUCUGCUCCAGAUAUUUAGCCUUCCUGUCAAACGGAUUUGCGAAUAUGCGCGCCUUUUUACUCGUCUCCUUGCGACAUUGAACCCAAAGGAUCUACUUUUUCAAGAGUUACAGUCUUGUUCCAAUGAUUGGACAUUACUUGCUGAUGUAUUGAGCAAGGAGAUGUCGUUAGCUGAAGCCACAAAAGUCUUUUGGGAUUCAGUUCCUCAAAGAGUAGUGGAUGUAUACAGAGUUCCGACUUGCCGAGUUCUCCGUGACAGCAAAACCUACCCUCUUCAGCUUCUGUCUGCUGGCCGUUUUGCAUUCCAUCACUUUAUCUUGUUUGAUGAUAAGUUUACUCACCAUCAGUUUAGUGGUUUCCAGAAUUACAACUUGCACACAUUAUGGGUUGAAGCAGACACAGAAGCAGAGACUACUUUUGCCUUAACUACUCCUGAAGAAACACUGGUAUUUAGUUGUCCGACCCCAUCAGAAAAGACAGAAUGGGUGUGUGCACUGAAUCAAGCUAUUCGCAACGUGCUCAGAGACGACAACAUUCGCAGUGGUCAGAGAGAGAAAAGCCUCCUGAGAAACUUCAGGAGAGGCUGUGGAGACAGUCGUUUGACUCCACCAAUGGCCCGACAUUCUACCUAUGUUUUCACCAAGUCACUCCUGUAUAAGGAUGCCAACUACUCUGGAUCGUGGCUCAGAGGGAUGCUGCAUGGACAUGGAAGGCUCAUCUGGCCAGAUGGCCGCAAAUACACAGGGAGGUUCAAGAACAACUUGCAGCAUGGAGAAGGCGAAUAUGUUAUCCCAGGAGCAACUGGGGACACAGUUUACAAAGGAAUAUGGAAAACUGGGAAGCUUCAUGGCCUUGGUAGUGCUAGGUAUCCAAACGGUGAUACCUACGAAGGCUACUUCAAAGAUGGCAUGAGAGAUGGGCAUGGUGUCUUGAAAGAAGGGAAGUAUUUGUCAUCAUCCAGCAUUUACAUUGGGCAGUGGUGCCAGAAUAAGAGACAUGGUUAUGGUGUACUCGAUAAUGAGAGGGAAGGUGAAAAAUACAUGGGCAUGUGGCAGGAUGACCUCCGACAUGGCAAUGGAAUAAUGGUCACUCUUGAUGAUAUUUACUAUGAAGGAAAUUUUGUCAAUAACAACCUUUCUGGCUAUGGCACUAUGAUGUUUCAAGACAACACAGUGUUCAAGGGAGAACUGGGACCUGGAGGCACAUUAAAUGGCAAAGGCACGCUGACUCUGUCAAAUGGUGACAUUAUUCAAGGGACCUUCUAUGGAAUGUGGAGUGAAGGCAUCCGUAUUACAGGUGUCUAUCAGAAGGCUGUAGAAGGUGAUAAUGGCACCUCUGACAUGGAUUCAAUGAUUCACACUUCUGAUAACAUUCAUCUGACUGUACCAGCAUCUGAAAAGUGGAAAGAUAUCUUUGACCACUGCAGAGACAUGCUUGGUAUUCAGGGGGUAUCAGAAGCUCAGGACAACAAGCAAGCGUGGGAUGCAGUUGCUGUUGCCAUAACUAACGAAAAGAAGAUGAAUACAAAGCACAGGUCAAAGUGUUGUCUAGAUGGCAGCCUUGACUACCUAGAACGAAUUCCACAAGCAAGUAAAAAGCAGAAUGUGUUGACUCUUGAACAGUUCGCAGAGAUGAAGGACUAUCUCACUAAAGCCUUUGAUUGCAUACAUCAUCCUUUGGCAUAUUUGCUUGAAGCACUUGUGGGGGUUUUCAGGUUGACAUACUGCGGAAUUGGAGUGCAUCCACGUCUUCUUGCUCAUGCAGUUUCUGAAGUAAAGUCUUUCUGCAGUCGCCUUUAUAAAAUUGUGAGGAUAUUGUUCCCAGACUUACCACCUGAGGAUAAGCCUCUGUUUCUCAGCUUAGAUGGUGAUGCAGACCCAUCUGAAGAUGACUUCGAUAUCAACGGGGAAUGUGUGACCCCAAAUACUGUUGUUCAGCCUAUUCUGCUUCCAAGAUUGUACCCAUCUUUGUCAACACUGUAUGCUCUCAAUAAUGAGAAAGAAGACAAGCACUAUUGGGAAAGGCUCAUGAAGUGGAACAAGCAGUCUGACCUUUCACUAAUGACAUUUCUAGGUGUUGACCAGAAGUUUAUAGAUUUAAAGUUUCGUGGUGGGAUCUUCGCAUCUGACAGCCAGCGUCUCUCCACUAUAAAGGACGAAUGCUUUAAAGAUGCUGUUGAUGCUCUGCAACAUAUUAGCACUGCAUUCACAGCAUUUGAUAAGCUCCUUGCAAUUCGUCAGGCGUUUGAAGAAAUAAAUAAGGAAGUCCGACAAGGUAUGGGAGAUUUCCUUUGGAACAUGGAUGACCUGUUUCCGGUCUUCCAGUAUGUUGUUGUCCGUGCUCGCAUUCGGAACUUGGGAUCAGAGAUAAAUUUUAUUGAUGAUCUAAUGGAGCACCAUUUUCAAAAUGGAGAGCUAGGCAUCAUGUUUACUACAGUAAAGGCAUGCCACUUCCAAAUCCAGACAGAAAAGCUCGUACAGUCACUGUGAUAAAGUGUGUGUUAAUGUAUAGUGCUCAUCCAUGUAUUUAUAGCUCUGCUGAUAGGCUAGUGUCAUAUUCAAGAAAUUUGUUAUUUUUGUGCUGUGUAUAUUUGACACACAUGUGAUCACGAAGGGGCCUUUCAAAUUAUAUACAAUAUAUAGUUUCAUAUAUUAUGGCUUUUAUACAACAAUUGCACGUAAGAGAUUGCUUGAGGUGUAGUCUAACAGAUUUUAUGAUUUAGUAUAUUUUUCUAGUAUUUUUCCCAGUAAGCAUCUAUUAAGUGUGCAGGAGUUAUGAGCAUUUGGUGUACCUGCAGAUAAAUCAAGCAUGAUAGACCUAUACAUUUGUUUGGCUCGUAAAAGUGCAGCUUACUUUUAAAAAUAAACUGCAUUUACACUGCAACGUUAACACUUCUAGUCAGUGCUCUAUAUUCCAUCAUGCAAACGCAAAAACUACGCAGCAGUGUUUUGAACUGAUGAUUCAACAAGCCUCCCUGCAAAGCUCAAGGCUCCUUCCUCACCAAACGGACUGACAGCAUUGCUUGAACAAGUGUUUCUGGCAAGGAUAGAUUAUUUAUCUCAUUAGGUUCAUGGGACUGUAAGCUUGAUAAUGAGAAGCAAAUGCAAUCUUAAAUUCUGUGUCAGUGUAAAUGCAAAAUUUGUGAAAUUUUUCUAAAUUAUCAUUAGUUCACCUCCUAUUAAGAAUCUGAAAAUCCCUAAAAAUUUUGCAGUUUAUGGCUAGAAAGUAAGGAUGGAAGAAAUGUUGCACUUACUGCAUUUUGUAAGGCUUGCACUACACAGGAAUUUGUGUGCCCCGCAUGGACACACAUCCUUGCAGAAAUAUCUUGCAAACAUGCAUUUGGUGUAGCCCUCUAUAAGCAAAAGACCACCACAAAGGCCUGUGAUGGUUGAUCAAUGCUUUUGUUACCUUUGUCAUGGAAUGACCUGCAAGUUUUGUUCUGAUCUGUACUGUGACAUUAGAGAAGCCAUAAUAGGUUGCAUUGUCACAAUCAUUUUGUUUGUUGUAUGUUGGAGUGCCCUUGAAAUCAUAGAAAUGCCUUUUGAAAAUUUGUCUAAUUUUUGCAUAUUGUGAUGGAAAUUUCUCAUUACCAUUGCAUUGUAAUGAGAUGUUUCUGACUGAACCAAUUCCAUUGCUUAAAAGUAGCAAGCUAACGUAAGUUGUCCCACAAAACUUGAGCCACGCUUUGAAAAAAUAGAACUGGUAUAUUAUACAAGGCUGAAAGCAACAGGACUUGGUUAUCAGUCAUCUUGGUAGGAAUGUAAGAGUUUUUUUUCUUUUUUGUAUCUUUCGUAUUAGCUAAUUAACUUAGAAAAAUUAACCAACACUCUAAAUGUCGAUUUAAAAGCCCAAGUUGCAACUGAAAAGUUGUACAUCUCCUUCAAAAAUGUCUAAUUUAUGUGUUUCCAACGUACUACUAGUUGUGCAGUUCCUUUUCCCACAUUCAAAAGAAAGCCCACAAAAUAUUAAAAAGGUCCUCUACUUCAUUCUACUUCUGUAGGUAAGCCAGGGUAGGGGUGGGCUUCAUUCAUGAUACUCCAGAAUAAUUAACUUUCAUUUUGUACACUGUCAGCAAUGACUAAUGUUGUUGUUCUCGCACUUUUUUUUUAAUUAUGCCUAACAGUUCGCGGUCAAUCAUGUUGUAGCCAACUGUAUCAUAAGCAAGGACAUGUUCAGUGCGAAAAUUGAAGUAACUGUAUAGCACGAGGCAGAGAAUUGACCAAAACACACAGGACAAGGCAGUCCAGUUUCAGGAAGUUCUCUGUUAGGGACAAUACAAAUUACAUGAGAGUAAUAUGUGAAUGUGAGGCCCACAAAUGAGUGUAUUAUUAAAAUUUAGUAAAGCUAAAAACUGGACAAACCAGACUAAGGAUGAUGCACUUGGUAGGACAGCUGUGCUGUUAUUUUAACAAAUUUAAUUGUUAUAAAUUCAUUUCGAAGAUGCGCCUUGGCAUUUGCCAAUAGGAUGACUCAUUUUAUGCAUCAUGCAACUUGUCUUCUGUCCAGCAUCAGCAGUUCCCAAUUUUAUUUGAACUUUCCGCACCGGUAGCACAACACAAUAACGUCUACUUUCUAAGUUGCUGUUUUUUAUUGUGUUGUGCUGCCGGUGCGGAAAGGUCAAAUAAAAUGACAAACCCCGGUACUUGGAAUAUCUUCGGUUCCCAAUUUAUUAAUACUUCGGCUUUUCUAUAGGGACAGUAUGUAUAGUUGCCCAUGAAGUACAUUGCUCAAUUCUAUGUGAAGGCAUGCAAAUGUUGGUUUAUAUUUUUUAUUGAACCUGUUAGUAUCCAUGCAUAUCUUAUUUAAAAGCACUAAAAACACAAGAGACGUAUAUGCAUGAUAAGGAUAUGCAGUGCUGUAUACAUAUUUUAGGCAUAAAGUUAGUGUUUGUUGCCCUACAAUGGUGUAGUAGCUAUAUCUCUUUUAUAUUACUGAGCAAAAGCAGCUGUUAUUACAUUAUUUAUGUAUACACAGAUUAACGUGAUGCAGGAAAAGAACAAUAAAAGGGUUUAUCCCAG